GCAGCCCAAGGCGGAAGUGGCCUCCUGACGGAACCGGCUCAGGAGCGCAGUUAUGGCUGCGGGAGUCCCCUGUGCUCUUAUCACCAGCUGCUCUUCCACUUUCACUGGAGAUCGACUGGUCCAACAUAUCCUUGGAACAGAAGAUCUUACUGUGGAAACGACUGCUAGUGAUGCUGUGAGAUUUUAUCCUUGGACCAUUGAUAAUAAAUACUACUCAGCGGAUAUCAAUCUAUGUGUGGUGCCAAACAAGUUUCUCGUCACUGCAGAGAUUGCAGAGUCUGUGCAAGCGUUUGUGGUUUACUUUGACAGCACAGAAAAAUCUGGUCUUGAUAGCGUCUCCUCAUGGCUUCCACUGGCAGAAGCGUGGUUACCUGAGGUGAUGAUCCUGGUCUGCGAUAGAGUGUCUGAAACUGAUGACUUUCCAGAAUCCACAGGAGUAAAGCGAAUUGUUCAAGCCUUAAAUGCCAAUGUCUGGUCCAAUGUAGUGAUGAAGAAUGACAGGAACCAAGGCUUUAGCCUUCUCAGCUCAUUGGCUGGAGCAAACCGUAGCAUUGGGGCAGCAGAGACCUGUCACUCAGAGCAGCCCCAUUUGCCGGCAGCAGAGAGGACUGAAUCCCUGCUGGGUCCUCGGGGCGGUGCGUCCAACACAGCAGACGCCCAGGUUGAUAGCAUCGUGGAUCCCAUGUUAGAUCUGGAUAUUCAAGAAUUAGCCAGUCUUACUACGGGCGGAGGAGACUUGGAGAAUUUCGAAAGACUAUUUUCCAAGUUAAAGGAAAUGAAAGACAAGGCUGCGACGCUUCCUCACGAGCAGAGAAAGUUGCAUGCAGAAAAGGUGGCCAAAGCAUUCUGGAUGGCAAUUGGGGGAGACAGAGAUGAAAUUGAAGGCCUUUCAUCUGAUGAAGAGCACUAAAUUAUUCACACUAGGGUUUGACUAACAAAGAUGCUAAUAACUCUCUCUCUGAGAUCCUUCCCUGCUCAACCCCGUUACAUUUUGCUGAACUUAACCAUCGUCAUGUUGGCCUCCUGACUUGUUUGUAGGAUAGGAUCCCUUAAUUUUGGUUUUUAGUAGAGGGUUAAGGAGAAGGUUUUUCUCCCUCAGUUUACUGUAAGGGGGUGAGGAGCAUAAUGAUAGUAAGAAGUGAGAAUUUUUCAAGUAUACCUUUUUUGUUCUAGGGAUGGGAGUGGAAUGAGAGGCUCAGAGGCCUGUGUAACUGGCCCAAGUUAAAGAAGAAGAAAACCUCCAAGCCAUUCUUAGCCACCCUUUUAAGUAGCAUUCCCUGCUCACACGUGAUGACUGCAGAUCAGGAGCUUUUGGAACCCUUCCUGGGUGUUUUGGAUUUUCUGCUUCCAUGGAAGUUGCUGCUCUGAGCUUGGACGCUUUUGGUGGGAAGCAAGCAAGCAGCUGCAGAUUUGAAUUGUGCUGUAGUAUAGGUGGGAUGCGGACAGUGGCCCUCAGGUUAGUCUCUAGCUAACAAAAAAAAAUGCUUCUGGGCAUUUCAAUUAAAAUGUAGUGUCUGAGCUCAUGCUAGGAAGCAUUGAGAAGCCAGUGUGAAUUUUUAGACUAUAAUAAGUAAGGCAAAGGUUUCCUACCCUGGUAGGGAUAAAAUAGACCCCUUCACCAAGUUGUCUCGCAUGUGUGCAUGUGCGUGCAAGAGACCGAAAUUAAGGAAUUGCCUAUAUGGGCCAUUAAAACCAUAUGUGAUCAUAUACUGAGAUUUGCAUUAGUAUCAAUGUGAAGAAACUCUUCUUCCUUAGAGUUCUCCCUUGCUACUUGAGAUGUGAGAACUGUGCAGUCACACUUUAUACCCUCAAAACAAGUCAAGUUUCCCCCCCUCCUUCUCUCUGAAAGACAAACAGAGAUCACUGCCAAAAUAGUGGGUGAGGUGGGAAAGGAUGUGAAACGUUAAGUAAUGAAUCCCUAAGUACCUUGUGUUAACUUCCAGGCCUGAGUGGGUCAGCCCCAGGGGAACUGAUCACCAAAAGAAAAGUUUCCAAAGGAAGAGUGGGAAAUGCAGCAAAUAAAAAUCCUCAUUUCUGUUUUUGUAGACACUUUGUAAUGCAUGUUAUUAACCUUCACUUUGGUCGUCACUGCCAUGACUCUAAAUGGCACAGGGCACCAGGGCUGGGUGGUGCUGGCACGGGGGCUGAGAAGUGCAUCUUGGUCCAGUGUGCUUACUAACAGAAACAAGUUUCAGACCCCUGUGUGUACCACCUGCUAAGCGCUGUGGAGCACGAAACAGAUGGCAGAAGGAAUGGAAGGCUCAAGGUGCCGGGCGUCACAGGAGGGGGGGUUUCAGUGAGGGGAGCACUCAGAGCCAUUCCAGGCACACUUGGAGGCUGUCUUGCUUAGUGACUUUUUUUUUCCCCCUCCUUUUUUUUUUACUAUUCUGAAGGGUCUUUGAGACAAUAGUUUACCACCAUUCCAUCAGGGUUUCUUUGAGAUGACUGCAUUAGCCAUUCAUUAGGAAUGUAAGGGAAGUUGGCUUCAUGUUGCAAAACAAAAGGUGGAAUGUGUUUUUUUUUUUAAACAUGAAAGGUUUCAGAAAAUACAUUAGGAUCCCAUGGUUAGAAAAAACUGUGAACUUUAUUUUGUGGAUUAAACAAAGCCAGAUGAUUAAAAUGUGACUUAUUGAUAAA